GUUUAGGGAAAUGUAGUCAAAUGCUGUACAACUGCCUCAGUUAAAGAUGUAAAGUACAUGGCAAAAGGAAAGACUUCAUUAUUUCUUCAUGAUAUUGUGCAAGGAACUCUUGUACCUUAAACAUGUGGAACUAUUGAAGUUUGGAUUUCUCAAGGUUUUACAGAAGUGCUGAAGUGAAAGAAAUAAAAAAAUCAUGGGAAGCCUUCAAUACGUUGCUGUGUUUAUAGUGGUGGCUAUCUUUAAGUGUGAGGGUAAAAAACAUUUCAGCAACUCUGAAACUCUCAGUUACAAGUAUAUCAAGCACAACUGGAUGGAAAAAAUAGAAAAUAACAGGCUUCUAUCAACUAUAUCAAUGCCUGGAACACACCAAAGCAGUAGAUACUUAAAAACGUCCACACCAAAGUUCCAAGCAUGGUCACUGCACAACCAAAUGGAUGCAGGCGUGCGUUUUUUUGACUUGCACGUGUCCUCCAACAGCAUCAAGGUUAAGACUCCAGGAAGCAUCCAGGAAUCAGAGACCCUUGACUAUUUUUUGAAAACUAUGAUGGGGUUCCUUGUGAAACAGGAGAAAGAGACACUGUUGCUUAGAGUGACUCCAGAUGAGGGUGCUGUUGCUCAAGUCACAAAAUUGUUAAAUCAUAAAAAAUGGUCUGUGUGGAAAGACAAAGAGAUUCCAACUUUGGGCCAGGUGAGAGGCAAAAUAGUCUUGAUUCAGAGUUCAACAUUGAAAUUAGGACUUCCUGUUCAUGUCACAGAACUAAAUGCAGACAUGAAUACAAAAGAAAUGCAAAUGAGAGAAAAUAUUAAGUUAGCUUCACAAAAGUGUGAGCAGGAGAUGAUGCUUGCAUACACUGGGGCCACAGGAGAAUCAGAGGACCCAGCAGAAAUCGCAAAAACACUAAAUAAAAAAGUUGACGAUUAUCUCCUAAGUCUUAAGGGAGACAAUAGACCACAUUGUGUAGGUAUAAUUGCUAUUGACUUCCCUGGUCCAAAACUCAUCAGAACAAUUAUUAAUUUUAAUGGCAAAUUAGGGAAGGGGUCACAGAUAGUAGAGGACUCAGGUGGGAAUGCAGAUGUUGUCCUGCCUGGUUCUGACAUUUCUGAAAAUGUUGAAAAAGAAGGUGAAGCAUCAGGAUCUCAGUCGUCAGCCGAAGGUGGAGAAGCAUCAGGAUCUCAGUCAUCAGCCGAAGGUGGAGAAGCAUCAGGGUCUCAGUCAUCAGCCGAAGGUGGAGAAGCAUCAGGAUCUCAGUCGUCAGCCGAAGGUGGAGAAGCAUCAGGGUCUCAGUCGUCAGCCGAAGGUGGAGAAGCAUCAGGAUCUCAGUCAGCAGCCGAAGGUGGAGAAGCAUCAGGGUCUCAGUCGUCAGCCGAAGGUGGAGAAGCAUCAGGAUCUCAGUCAGCAGCCGAAGGUGGAGAAGCAUCAGGAUCUCAGUCGUCAGCCGAAGGUGGAGAAGCAUCAGGAUCUCAGUCAUCAGCCGAAGGUGGAGAAGCAUCAGGAUCUCAGUCGUCAGCCGAAGGUGGAGAAGCAUCAGGGUCUCAGUCGUCAGCCGAAGGUGGAGAAGCAUCAGGAUCUCAGUCAGCAGCCGAAGGUGGAGAAGCAUCAGGGUCUCAGUCGUCAGCCGAAGGUGGAGAAGCAUCAGGGUCUCAGUCCUCAGCCGAAGGUGGAGAAGCAUCAGGAUCUCAGUCGUCAGCCGAAGGUGGAGAAGCAUCAGGGUCUCAGUCGUCAGCAGAAGGUGGAGAAGCAUCAGGAUCUCAGUCCUCAGCCGAAGGUGGAGAAGCAUCAGGGUCUCAGUCGUCAGCCGAAGGUGGAGAAGCAUCAGGAUCUCAGUCGUCAGCCGAAGGUGGAGAAGCAUCAGGAUCUCAGUCCUCAGCCGAAGGUGGAGAAGCAUCAGGGUCUCAGUCGUCAGCCGAAGGUGGAGAAGCAUCAGGGUCUCAGUCCUCAGCCGAAGGUGGAGAAGCAUCAGGAUCUCAGUCCUCAGCCGAAGGUGGAGAAGCAUCAGGGUCUCAGUCGUCAGCCGAAGGUGGAGAAGCAUCAGGAUCUCAGUCGUCAGCCGAAGGUGGAGAAGCAUCAGGGUCUCAGUCGUCAGCCGAAGGUGGGGAAACAUCAGGAUCUCAGUCGUCAGCCGAGGGUGGAGAAGCAUCAGGGUCUCAGUCAGCAGCCGAAGGUGGAGAAACAUCAGGAUCUCAGUCGUCAGCCGAGGGUGGAGAAGCAUCUCAGUCAGCAGCUGAAGGUGAAGAAACAUCAGGAUCUCAGUCGUCAACCGAAGGUGGAGAAGCAUCAGGGUCUCAGUCAGCAGCCGAAGGUGGAGAAGCAUCAGGGUCUCAGUCGUCAGCCGAAGGUGGAGAAGCAUCAGGAUCUCAGUCGUCAGCCGAAGGUGGAGAAGCAUCAGGGUCUCAGUCAGCAGCCGAAGGUGGAGAAACAUCAGGAUCUCAGUCGUCAACCGAAGGUGGAGAAGCAUCAGGAUCUCAGUCGUCAGCCGAAGGUGGAGAAGCAUCAGGAUCUCAGUCGUCAGCCGAAGGUGGAGAAGCAUCAGGAUCUCAGUCGUCAGCCGAAGGUGGAGAAGCAUCUCAUUCAGCAGCCGAAGGUGGAGAAACAUCAGGAUCUCAGUCGUCAACCGAAGGUGGAGAAGCAUCAGGAUCUCAGUCAUCAGCCGAAGGUGGAGAAUCAUCAGGGUCUCAGUCGUCAGCCGAAGGUGGAGAAGCAUCAGGAUCUCAGUCGUCAGCCGAAGGUGGAGAAACAUCAGGGUCUCAGUCGGCAGCCGAAGGUGGAGAAACAUCAGGGUCUCAGUCGUCAGCCGAAGGUGGAGAAGCAUCAGGAUCUCAGUCGUCAGCCGAAGGUGGAGAAACAUCAGGGUCUCAGUCGGCAGCCGAAGGUGGAGAAACAUCAGGGUCUCAGUCGGCCCAAGGUGGCAAACAUCAUAUAAAAAAGAUUAUUAAAAAGGUAAAAUGCCACAAAGUUCAUGUAAGACCCCAACCAUCUCCUUUACUUUAAACAUUAUUAGUGGAAUCAGUUUAGUGGAGUUUCUUUACAAAAUAAACAAUUACUUAAAUGUUGAAUAGUUUUACAUUUUGAUCUCUUGACAUCCUGUCAGUCAAAUAAAGUAU